AUGGUUUCAACUCAAGGUGAGAUCAGGGUGGGCCCAGGGCAUCAAGCUAGGCUGCCUGACUAUAGACCAGGGUUGACAGAUGUAGAUAUUCCUCCAGACCCUGAGUUUAGUAAAGAUAGAGAAGAAAUCAAAUGGGUGCCUGCACAGACAUUAGAUGGUGACCUUCUUAUGUUCCUCAGGGCUGCUAGAUCGAUGGCUGCAUUUGCAGGAAUGUGCGAUGGUGGCAGUCCUGAUGAUGGGUGUUUAGCAGCUUCCAAAGAUGAUACAACUAUUAAUGCUUUAGACACUCUUCAUGCAUCUGGAUAUGAUCCAGGAAAGGCACUACAAGCUCUUGUUAAAUGUCCUGUCCCAAAAGGAAUUGAAAAAAAGUGGUCAGAAGAAGAAAUUAAACGUUUUGUUAAAGGCUUAAGACAAUUUGGGAAAAAUUUUUACAGAAUUAGAAAAGAUUUACUUCCCCACAAAGAUACACCGGAAUUGGUAGAAUUUUAUUAUUUGUGGAAAAAAACUCCAGGUGCCAAUAAUAAUAGACCGCACAGGAGAAAUCGAAGGCAAGGGUCUUUGAGACGUAUUCGCAAUACGAGAAAUACAAGAGGACAACCUAAAGAAGAAAAAGAAGGUCAACAGUCUACUCGUCCAUCGCCUAAUCCAAAGGAAAAUAAUGAUUGUAGUUCUGGCAGUGAAGAAGAAAAUUCCGAAGAUGAUUCCGAUUCUAGAGAUCAAUCUGGAUUUAGAUGCCAGCAUUGCUUUAGCGCAAAUUCGAGAGAUUGGCAACAGUAUGGAAAAGAUCGUCAAAUACUAUGUUACGAAUGCCGUACUCACCUCAAAAAACAUGGCGAACUUCCUCCUGUUCCCGUAGGAGUCACUAAAUCAUCUGACACACCGUAUUUAUUUAGGCCAGUACAAAAUGAAAGCCCCGACAGCUCACCGGGAAGGAUGCGCACUCGGGGAAAAACUAAAGAACAGAUUUCCUCUGGAAAUGUAACACGACCUAAGCGAGGAAAUGGCACAAAUACACCUGACGAACUUGAUAAAGACAAAAAACACACAAAAUCUCCAGGUUUUCAUAGCUCUCCUAAUGAGAAAAAACAAAGCAUGAAUUCAACAACUGGUAACAAUAAUAUAAUCAAUAGCAAUACAGCGACGGGAGCUAAUAAUAAUAAUAACAACAACAACAAUAAUAAUAAUAACAACAAUAACAAUAAUAAUAUAAAUAAUAAUAAUAAUAACAACGGUAAUAAUAAUAACGGUAGUAAUAACAACAAUAAUAUAAGCAAUAACAACAACAACAACAACAACAAUAGCAACAGUAACAAUAAUAACAACAACAACAACAACAAUAAUAAUAAUAAUAAUAAUAAUAAGGAAACACCACCUAAGAAUUGUAAAAGAAAUCAAAGCGAUGGAGAUGAAAAAGAUGAAAAAGAUACUCCGAACAAAAAAAAGAAAAGUGAGGACAUGGAAAUAAAUGAUGAACAAACUGAAAAUUUUGAAGAAAAAAAUAGUCCUAUGCAAUUGAAAGUAGAAAAAUGCGAUAAAAAUGAAGAAAAGUUGCAAUUCAAACUUGAGAAAGAAGAAAAAUUACAAAUAAAACAAGAAAAAGAAGAAAAGUUACAAAUCAAGCAAGAAAAAGAAGAGAAAUUACAAAUUAAGCAAGAAAAAGAAGAGAAAUCACAGUUUAGAAUGGAUAAAGAAGAGAAAUUGCAAAUAAAACCUGAAAAAGAAGAAAAAUUACAAAUAAAACAAGAAAAAGAAGAUAUGGCCUUUGAUAAAAAUACCUUUACUGGAGUUGCGGGUGAAAAAUUAACUUCUGUAAUGGUACAUUUAAAGCAAAACCUAACCGUAGGAAAAGAUAAUAAAAAACUUGAUGUCGAACGUGAUUCAAUAAAGAUAAAUCCAAUGGCAAUAACUCCAAUGUCAGUUUUUAUAGCUAAUACUACAGAUAAAAGUUCUGAAGGUAAAGAAAAAGUUAACGAAGAAGAAGAAGAAAAACCAAAAUGUAAUACAGAGGUAAACAAUGAUUCAGAUAAACUUAUAACCGUUGAUCCUAAAACAGGAUUAUUAGGGCCGGAAACGGAAAAAUCAGAGGGAGAGCCUCCCAUGAAAAAAUCAAAUUUAUCGAGCGAUUUACCAGUGAUGUCUAUUGAAAUGAUGAUGGAUUUGAAGGGGCAAUCGUCUAUUAAAAAUGUUCCUACCAAAGUCAUUGUGAGGGAUGACGACAUAACUGAAAAUAAAGAUUCUGAUGACUCUAUAAAAGUACCCAUGAGAAAUUCAAUGAAAGAAAUAAACUUGAUAAUACCUCGCCCCAACUUCCCAACUAGUUGCGAACCUGGAAUGAGAAUGCCUCUUGUUCAACCGAAAUCUGAAGUUCUUUUAAAAUCCAGUGAAAAUACAAACGAAACAAAUUUUAAUUCUAAUCAUACAGAAUCUCCUUUGAUUGUGCAUACAAGUGCUAAUUUGAUUUCCACUAGUACUUCUACUACUCAAUCAGCAGUUCCGCCAAGACCGUCCAGCUCUUCCAAGUCCUCAUCAUCUCACAGUAAAGACAAUCAUCAUGGCCAAAGCCCUUCCGGAGCUUUGGUUUCUCCAUCACAAUUGCCAGGUUCUAGCCACAUAAUGCAACCUUGCCCCACAUCCAUACCUAAUUCAGUAAUGCAUCCUUCACAGCAACCCAGUCCUUUAAAUCGUAUUUCUCCCGCUCACCAUCCAGCUUUUCUUCCACCUCAUAUUCCUCCCCAUCACCCUCUUGUUCAACAUACACUUCCUCUUUUUGCAGCAAUGCACAAUCCAUAUCAUCCAUAUGCUGCUUAUCCUUUUGGAUAUCCCUAUCCAUAUCCUAUUCCUCCUCCUCAGGGAUUAAAUGCGCCAAUAAAAGAAACAACUCUUACUCACCAUAGUUCAAGCAGCGUCACAACUCGGGUCAGAGAAACUGAAAGAACUGAUGAUAUAGGAGAUAGUAGUUCUACAGAGCGACAUCAAGAAACUACUACUAUGCAUCAUUCAAGUGUUCAUCAUUCGCACUCAAGUACAGAUAAGCAACAAGGCAUUCACAUAAGUCAUUCAACAACUUCAUCGAGCACUUCGUCAGUCAAAAAACAAAACAAUCCAUCUGCUAGAGUAUCUAGUCCUCUGACUCACAUGAGUGCUACUAUGUCUCAAACACAAUCCACCAGUAUAAGCCUCGGUGGAAAUAAUCACCAUCACAGUCAUCAUCAUAGUCACCAUCAUCAAAGUGACGUUGUUCCUGGAAUGGUGUUGGGUUCAAGUCCUAACAGAGGCUCAAAACCUCAUCAUCCAGCUGGUAUUAUGGCCAUUCCACCAAUUGGACAUCCGAUGGCUGCAAUGGGACUUCCUCCUCCAAGCCUAAGCGGUUCCAGUUUAGAAGCACUUAGAGCUCAUGCCGUAGCUGCCGCAAACAUGCAGCCUUCUCCUUCUCACGCCUUGCAUCAUUCCUCUCGACAUGGCCCCCAGGAGGAACUAAAAAGCGAGCCGGCUUCCGAAUCAUCUGAUAUUACUCCCGAAGAGGAUGAAGGUAGCCCGCAACAUAUACCUAGGGUUCCAAGCCCUGAACCAAAAAUAGAAGAUACUGAAUGUCAUCGAAGUCAAAGUGCUAUAUUUGUGCGACAUUGGAAUCGAGGGGAUUAUAAUUCAUGUACAAGAACGGAUUUGACUUUCAAACCCGUUCCCGAUUCAAAGUUGGCUAGAAAGCGUGAAGAACGUCUGAGAAAGCAGGCAGAAAGAGAAAGAGAAGAAAGGGAAAAAGCUGCUCAACAAGCACAAACGCGUAAAAUAGCAAAUACUCCUGAAAAUAAAGAAAGUGCAUCUAAACCUCCUUCACGUGGUCCCAUAGAAACAAUAUCAUCACCGUAUGACAGGUUUGGGCAAAGGCCAGGCUAUCCUGACACACCGGCUUUGAGGCAGCUGAGUGAGUAUGCUAGACCACAUGCAGGUUUUUCACCAGGACGUGCAGCUGCCUUAGGUUUGCCUCCUCAAUGUAUCGAUCCUAUGUUACAUUACCAACUAAAUUCUAUGUAUGGGCUCGAGUUAGAACAUCUUGAACGGGAGAAAAGAGAACGCGAAUUAAGAGAACUCAGAGAAAGAGAAUUGAAUGAUCGACUUAAAGAGGAACUAAUGAAAAAUGCUGGAGUGGCUGGUGCACCAGGUACAAGAAUGCCUACACCUCUCGAUCCUCAUUGGUUGGAAUUGCAUCGGCGUUACGGUGGAUUGCCUGGUGGACCUCCGCCUCAAUUCGGGUUAUAUCCCUCUCCCGGGCAUCCUGCAGGACCUCCUGCUUUGAGUCAAUUAGAACGUGAACGUCUUGAAAGGCUUGGUAUUCCUCCUGCGGGACCUGGUGCACCACCACCCGGUCCGGGGGGACCUUCUCAAGCUCAUCCUCAUCCAUCAUCAGUGGCUGCACUCGAGGCAGAACGUCUUGCGCUCGCAACUGAUCCCAUGGUUCGGUUACAAAUGGCCGGUAUAUCCCCAGAAUAUCACGCUCACACCCACGCCCAUACACAUGCUCAUUCUCAUACUCAUCUUCACCUACAUCCGAGUCAACAAGCGCAAGCGCAACAAGAAGCAUCCGCCGCAGCUGCUGGUUUUCCUUUACCAGCUUCCGCACCUCCUGGGUAUCCGAGACCUAACUUAUUACCUCCGAGAGAUAUGCCACUUGGUCUUCAUCACCCAGCCGAUCUCUUAGGGAGACCAUAUGCUGAUCAAUUAGCGCAUCAAGCGACAGCUCACGAACAGUUACAACGCCAAAUCAUGCUCGAAAGGGAAAGAUUUCCUCAUCCAUCUUUGGUAGCUCACGACGAAUAUAUACGAGCUCAAAGAGAACGUGAACUUAAAGUGAGAGCUUUAGAGGAAACAGCUCGCGGUGCUCGGAACGAGUCAAUUCCCAAAUGCUGUUGUACACCAACAGCAUACAUAAGGCACUAA